AUCCAUUGGGGUCUCCCCGCGCAGGUUCGAAUCCUGCCGACUACGACCUGCUUUUACAGUGUGUAAUAUUUUAAAAUGUGUUUGGUAAACUUUUUUAUUUUAUUAUUAUUUUUUUACAUACAGACACAUAAACAAACAUGCAAAUCAACGUUAACGCCACAUAAUUACAGCGCGUUAUUAUUCACAGCUUCGACAGUAAAUCCAUCAGCAGUUUGCUUGCUAGCUAAGUUGAAUGCUAACACAGUCCCGUGACUAGCGCUAGUCACUUCUACCGUCUGGCUAAUAGCUGACUAGCUGUGUACCAGUCACAAGAUUUAAUCCAACCGGGGGAAGGAAAUGAUAACGAAGCGUCUUUAAUACAUUUGAAAUAUUCACCGGUAACACUGCACUGUUCAGUAAUGCCAGAUGGACUUGUUACGAGCAGGCCUCUGCAGAAUGAGGCUACAGGUAUUGACCUGCAGGUUCCACUGUAUCAGGAGGUGCGGGGUCCCAUGAUGACAGGCCAUGUGGAAUACCAGAUCGUGGUGAUCACCCGCCUCGCACCCUUCAAAUCUUCUAAACACAAACCAGGAGAUGUUGUCCAGUUUGUGGUGUCAAAGAAGUACAGUGAAAUUGAUGAGUUUUACUCCAACUUGACUGCCCAGUAUCCCAGCAUCCAUCUGCCUGCCAUGCCCCGCAAAGCACUCUUUGUGGGAGAAACAGACAUCCGUGAACGGCGAGUCUCCUUUGAUGAGCUUGUCCGCUUUAUUUCCAAACAUCCGACUCUCUCUACCUGUCCAGAGCUAAUGGAGUUCUUAGGAGGAAAAGGUGCACUUCAUGAUGUGAAAGCUUCCAAUACCCCUGAUGUAGUGGAGGACGAAAAUGAAGACGAUGGGUUGGAUUUCUUUGGAAAAGAUGAGGUACCUACCACUCAGCCCGAGCAAGUGAACAAGCCAGUGAAAGUAGGAAAGGCAGAAGAAGAGGAGGAGGAGGAGGAAGAAGAAGAGGAAUUGUUUGACCCCUUAGGCAGUGUUAGGUCUAAGAAGCCUAAGCCUGCCAAGCCAGCACCAAAGCCUGCAGCUAAACCCAAACUCUGUCUGUUUGAUGAGGAGGAGGAUCCAGACAAGGAGCUUUUUCAGCCUGCAGUAAAGAGCACUGAUGUGAACUUGUUUGAGCACCUGGAUUUAGGUGGAACUGUCUCUCUUGGAGACUCUUUGUUGCUCCCUUAUGCUUACCAGAAGACUGAAGCUGCUGCUAUUACAAAACGAGAUGAAGACGUGGAUGAGCUCUUCAGGGUGGAGGAGGAUUUGGACAAACUUUUAGCGAUCAGUAAACCACUGCAACCAAAGCCAGCUGUUCCCCCGAAACCAGCAGUGAAAGCCAAGCCGGUAAUUCCACACAAGCCCUCCUCUGUGGCACAGACUGCCCGAACUCCUCCUCUGCCUGCCGUGGUCCAGCCAAUGGAUCAGCACGACAUCUUGAAGUACAUCCAACAGAACGAGGCUGCGACCAGUGAGGACCUGGACCUUUUUUAACUUUGUGGAUCAGGGACAAGCCAGGCAAAACAUUUCAGCAUAAACACUAAAACAUUCUUCUGCUAAUCUUCAUCUCAAUUUAGACACUAUCACAAAGACAGAAGGUUUUUGUUUUCCCUGACAUGUUGUUGUUUUCAAACUAGUAUUAGUACCCAGACAGCAUUUUAUACAUUUUCCACCUUAUUCACCUCAGAUCAGAGGUCUUCAGAAUUUUCACCUAACCAUGAACAUCAUAACAAAUAGCCGAUUAUCAUGCUGAAAUGAGGCCGGUAUUUUUCACAUGGAUCCUAAUUAUGAAGUGCACUAAUGUGCAGUUUUAAUGAAUGUCAGUAUAACAAUGACAUCCUCCCGUUGAUCAAUUUAUAAUAUAUAAUUCAUAAUAUAAAUUGACUAAUGAGAGGAUGUCAUUAUAUGAUAUUCUAUGAUAUUAUUACAUUGUACAGGGUGUCCCAAAAGUCUGCAUACCAAAGGGGAAAUGAACACGUUUUAGCAAAAUGUCUUCCAAAUUUUUUUUUAGUUUAUUAUAUAUUUUUUCAGGUAGCCUUUAAGAACGCCUUUGACAAAAGAAGAACGUAUUGAAAUCAUUGUCAUGGCUGGAUCGGGAAGCUGUCGCGAGGACUUUAACAGGGAACAUGGCGAGCACAUCACACACGACACUAUUACCAAACUUAUUAACAAAUUCAAAAAGACUAUAAGUAUUGCGGACCAACCGAGAAGUGGAUGUCCACGAACAUCUACUGACGAAGGCACAACCGACGUGGUGCUGGAAAACAUAGUCCCCGAUGUAUGGACAUUUUGAGACACCCUGUAUUGUAGGAAAGGACCUUAAUAAAAAUUAUUUUGACAAUGUGCAAUUAUUUUGACAGCAUGGCACUUAUUUUGAUAAUGUACAUUGAGUUGAUUUUGAUGAUGGAAAUUAUGGUCAUCUUUAAUAAAGAAAACAAAAACGAUGGUAUUAUUAUUACUAAUUUGUUUAAUGGCAUAUAGACAACACUUUACAGUUUUUGAUUUGUGUAGGACAUGUGAUCUGUGUAGCUGUAAAGUCAUUUUUAUACCUAUAAAAAUGUUUAUUUACUUAAUAAACACCCGUACUUUGUAGCA